AUGUGGGACAGGACGUGGUCAUGGCGACAGGAUAAACAGAUGAUAACAAGCCCUCAGCGCUGCGGAGCUCAUUUCAACGCUGCGACCGCUGCUGAGGGCCAGAAGAGGGAGAGGAGAGACAGAGGUGAAGCAGGGACAGACACAGGAGGACACCGGACGCACAGGUAAGACUGCAGGACCGUGUCUGCUUUGAGUUUUCUUUUUAUGCAUUGGCUGGAUGUUUGGAAAAAGGUGAGAGCUGCAUGUGCUAACCAUGCACCACAGCAGCAGGCUCCAAAACUUCCAAAAAGAAAAUAAUUGCAUGAGAGAUAUUGAGAUAAAUUGUCUGAAACUUGAAGAUUUUUUAAGGAAUAAACAGAGAAAAAGCUAAAAAAUGAUCCUUUUUACAUGCAAAAUGCACCCAAAACUGUUUUUGCAGCUUCUUUGACGGUGCAAAAUGAUCUUUUCUUAAUGUAUCGUACAAAGAAAAUACCUGCAGGGUCAAAAAGGAGACUUGCAGAUCGAGGCAGUAACCCAUGAUUGUUAGGGAGGACCAAACUCUUAGUGUAAGAAGUGUCUGCAAAAGCGGUGAAAACGAACACCAUAUCUGUGUUUUUUUUUUUUUUUAUAGGAAAAUCUUUAAGAUACAAAAGAAAAACUUAACAUACAUAAAAAAAUCAUGAUGUGCAAUGAAGCCUCCUUGAUUUCUCUCAUCUCUAACAUCCUGCAUGGACUGAAAAACAGCUCUAAAUUAUUAAUCCAGUGUUAUUUUAGUCUCAAAAAGCAGGCAGAGGUCCAUUUUUAUCUUUUAGAAUCCAUAACGAGACAAAACUUUUGUGUUUUUAUGCAAAUCAAAAACUUUCUUCACCUUCAGUCGCCCAAUGAUUCAGCAGAAACUAGUGAAUGAUUAUUUAUUGAUACCAAAUGGCACACAUGGUUGUCUAAGGUCCAAAAAAAUAACCAAACUGUCUUUAAAAAACAAACAGCAGCAUUAAAAAACUGUUUCCAGGUCAUUUUUGAGAAAUACAUGCAUUUAAAAAACAGCCCUUUAAAAACUUAUAUUAAACCUUUUAUCUAAAUACAUGGACUGAUCGUUCCUGAUCGAGCUGGUUUGUGUUUUUCAUUUCGUGCAGAGAUGCCGGAUAGAAGGUUUCUUGUGUAUCAUGAAUUAUUAAUGAGUACACACACACACACACACACACACACACACACACACACACACACACACACACACACAGGGUUAUGUAAGGGUUUGCAGGGAUGUGUAAGGGCAUCCUGACACACACUCACACACAGUAGCACAAAAACACACACACUGACACACUCAAGCAGGGCGUGACAGAGGGUGAUGCAUUUGCACCUCCUCGUCUGAACUAAAACUCUACAUAAGAACUUCAAAUAUAACAGUUUAGAUUUUUUUUUUAAUUUGUCUAUUAUCUAAAAAAACAAUCUGCUGAAGUUUGUGAUGGCAGUGAUUGGUCGGUUAGUUGCUGUGUUAGAAGAUUUCUGCCUUCAGAUAGUAACUUGAUUUUAUCGUCCUGAUGUUGUGAAAGAUGGAGACUCUGCAGCUGGUAUCAGUCGCAUUUCCUCCACCUCAGAAGCAGCUUGUUGAUGUUUUGGUUGGCGGCUGAUGAGUUUAGUCCUGCAGACACAGCUCGUACCUCACUGUGAUGUUACUCUUGUCAUUUUCGUCUGAAAAACUGAAAUACUUGUUGAUUUAGUGGAAUGCACUUGUGCUUUAACAACCUUGAGUUUUGUUUUGGUCACUGCCUAAAAUUCGUAGAGUGUCGAUUAACAGGUUCAUAAUGCUAAUCUGUGUCAUUGCUUUUUAAUUCAUUCAUUGAAACUCAUCUUUAUAGACGAUGUCAAGUUUCGAUGUCGUCCUCCUUCUUGCUUAUUCUUACAUUAUUCUCAUUCAUGCGUGCCAAAGCUUUUUGUAAACCCAAACUAUCAUGUUUACAGCUGAUGCUGCACAAAGCUGCACGUCAAUCUCACGGUCCAUUUUUACCGUGUAUGCCAGAAUCACUCUUAAACUUAGACUUAGUUAAGACAAAGGACUCUAUUUUUGUGCCUCGCCGGCAGCGUGGUGCAAGCGCGGCGUAAAUCAGGUCCACUGCGCCGACAAGGCAUGCCCAAGCACAUUUUGGUAUUUUGGUGAGUGGCGCAGCCCGGCGUAAGUAUCCCCCCUCCCUAAAUCAGCUCCUCCCAGCGUCGUAAGUCGUAGAGAGGGAGGGGAUAAGGCAUGGAGUGGAUUUAACACAGCCGAGACCUGUGUUAAACCUCCCCCUACUGCGCCAACACGCCCAGCUUGGCGGACCUUGGUGCGCCUCAGUUUACGAAAAUACUGACUGUGCGUCGGGCUCCACCAGACGAAAAUACCAAUGCGUGGGGUGCGCCACCCUCCGCCACGCUGCUGGCAGGCACGAAAACAGAGCCCAAAGACUCAUUCCCUCCCCUGUGGGACCGUUUUCCAGCAGAGAACAACAACCUCGGAUUUAGAGCUUGAAGAUGCCAGCAGGACUACAUCAUCUUCAGAGCAGAGAUGAAAUUUGGAGCCUACAGAACUUAAGUUCAUCUCCACGAUGACCCAGAACUUGUCCGACUUUGUGCUUAACUCUGAUUUCUAUUAUUUCUUGCAUUUUCUUUAAAGUUACUGUCAAAAUCAGACGGACAUGUGGGUCUCUAAAUUCAGAGUUACUGUGUUUACAGUUUGUUCACUCCUGGAUUUGGAUUGUGCGCUGAUAUUUUGUGUAUUCACUUUGUAAAGAGGUCCAAAGUGUGAGUUUUCAGAGGCGCUGAAAGAAGCUGCGGUUUAACUCUGCUUCUCUUAAAUGUUUCAGACAGUUUACAGAUUUAACUCACUGAACUGAAAACUGUAAACGUCUCGCCUGUCAGGAAUCUGACACCUUCACACAACGGCAACACACACUGUCUCACACACACACACGGUCAGUCUUUUACUACAUACAGACUGUUUCUCUCUUUCUCCUUCACAUCCUAACAGAACUAACUUAAGCCCCGCCCACCAUGGCUUACAUCACCUCUGAUUGGUCCGGCUCCCUGGCAGAGACACCUGAUAGUCACACACACACCACGUGUUUUCAGCAGCAGCAGCAGCAGCGAGCGGUUUAUAAAUCUUACAGGGUGCAGAGACUCGAGUUACCGUGACAACCACUGUUAGGGAUUGCAUCAAUGUGUGUGUAAUCGCACAAGAGUGAGAAAGCAGAGUGAGGUCAUGUCCCACACCCUGACACACACACACACACACACACACACACACACACACACACACACUCUGCAGAAGCUGUUGCAGAUGGACGUAAAAGUUUCUUUUCAUUCAGUGUUUUUCGUUCCUGAUCAACUUUCUGUCUGUUUUAUCAGCAUUAAAACAAGAAUAAGAAUAAAAUAAAAAAUAAAACAAAAUAAAGUAAAAUAACAAUGAAAAAUAAAAUAGAAUAGAAUAAAUACAAAAUAAAAUACAAAAUAAAAUAAAAUAAUAAAAUAAAAUAAAUACAAUUAAAAAAAUCAUAUCUUAUAAAAAAUAAAAUACAACAAAUUUAAAAAAAGAACAGAAUAGAAUAAAAUAAAACAAAAUAAAAAAAGGGUGAAACAAAGAAAAAAGGACCCAGAAAUGCAGAACUCAGGAUUUAUUAAAGCAAACAGGAAAAAGGAAAGUCCAAGUAAAGCAUACUCUCAAAAUGCACACAUACACAAUGAACUUACAAAGACAGAGGGAAAGACAGAGGCUAUAUAUCAUUACAAAGACAACACCAGUAUCAGAACAGCACUGCAGUUGCUGGGAGAGGACUGCCAAUGAUGUCCAGUUCUCCCAAAGGGUUAGCGUUUUGGAUCCUCCUACAUCAUCUCUUUGUCUCCAAGUUAUCUUUCUUUACCAUCUGAUUUACACCUAGCUUUAGAGUGUGACCUGUGAUCUGCAAAACCCCCAACAUCCAGGAUGUCUGGACCAGGUCCCAUAAAAGUGACACCAUGCCCACAUUCCACAAUUUGGUUAUCUCAGGUUAUCCCUGGGAAAUACCUCAAGGCAUUGCAUGUUGGUGCUGUACUCCAGAUACCACAAGAUCCAUCCUGGUAAUCUUACCUUUGGGCUCCUGUUGGACAAAGUCCUAAUCUUCUAAAAGACCAAGAUCACACUCUCAUUUCUGCAGGUAUUUUCUCAUCAUGGCGGAAAGCGUAGAGAUCGAGCAGCUCCUGGUGUCGUUUAAGAAGUUUGCCAUCCACGGAGACACGAAGGCCACGGGGAAGGAGCUGAACGGAAAGAACUGGGCCAAACUGUGCAAAGACUGUAAGAUCAUCGAUGGCAAGAAUGUGACCGGCACUGACGUGGACAUCGUCUUCUCCAAAGUGAAGUAAGUCUGCAGACAUCAGAGUGUGAGAACCAAGAAACGGAUCAAACCACAAGAAAGUCUUGUCUGGACUUUGAGUGAGUCAGUGCGGUCGACCAAAACCAAAAAUGACUGACUUAUCAGACUGUUACGAUAUCAGCUGCAUACGGUAAUAAUAUUUGAUGGUGUGAGUAUUUGAGAGAGGUACAGUGGUUUAGUGGUUAGCACUGUCGCCUCACAGCAAGAAGGUCCUGGGUACGAAUCCGGGUCAGGGCGUUUCUGUGUGGAGUUUGCAUGUUCUCCCUGUGUCUGCGUGGGUUUACUCCGGGUACUCCAGUUUCCUCCCACAUCUCAAAAACAUGCAGAAGUGGGGUUAGGUUCAUUGGCCACUUUCAAAUUUCCCAUAUGUGUGAAUGUGAGCGUGGAUGCUUGCUCAUCUCUAAAUGUCAGCCCUGUGACAAACUGGCGACUUGUCCAGGGUGGGAUAGGCUCCAGCCACCAGAAGGAGGAGGUGGGCUGAAGCGGUUGACUUUUGUAACCUGCCUGAACUAACACUACGCUCUAAUCUUUCGUUCCACCGUACAGGCAGAAGACGUCUCGGGUCAUCACCUACGAUGAGUUUCGAAAAGCUCUGGAGGAUCUGGCCCCGAAGAGGUUCAAAGGUCAAAGCAAAGAGGAGGCCCUGGAUUCCAUCUUCAAACUGGUGGAAGGCAAAGAGCCCACGAACGUUGGAGUGACGGUAAGACUGGGAAUGUGACUUCUUUCUGUCAUCACAUGGACUGUCUGUAGACUGAUCUGUAAGCCCCUAUUUCCACCGCUUCGGAACAACACAGCUGCGGAAUGGCGGCGAUUCCUACCAGAUGCGUUAAUGAGGCAAAUUUCGUGGCGAAUUUCAGACAGCAGGAAUCAGACAGUGGGAACCGUGUGGACUUACAAGAACCCGCAAAUUCACAUCCAUCGCACGAUAACAAGUUGUCUCUAUAAGGACAGCCACAUAGACAUGUAAGCAGUAGAUCGUGUCCUUCCAGAGAAGGAAAUCUACUCUGUCCAGACAACAUUAUAUUGGUACUAAUUUGUUACUUACCACGCCUACGUUUGCAUGGUGUGAAAUACGAUCCACCUGAAGAGGCCGGAUGUUUUAUUUUGUGUCUUCCUUUCCAGCACGGGUUAAUCUGUGCUGAAUUUAUGCGGCAUGCUGUGGCGUCCAGAAAAAAAGCCAGCUGAACUGCAGGGGGCCUGAAAACGCCGGUAGAAAUUGACACAUUAGUUUGAAUGGAAACGAUCAGCAACAAUCUGCGCUGACAACCUUUUCGCCACCGUUUCCCAUGCAGUGGAAAUUUGUGUUUACAGUCCUGGGCUUGGUUAGACCGGAUGCAUCUAAACUUCUUACAGAUGGAAAAAGUCCUGAUGUGUAAACAGGCGGAAGUUUUGUCCCAUUUGGAUGGUCAACCAAACAAAACGUGUUUGCUUUGCUGAUUGAUGUGUUGCACCCUUCGCCGAGUUGUGAGGCCAUGUCUUUUUUUAUUUUAUAAAAUCAAAUCACAGGAAUGUCAGUUUGUUGUUCGUACUCCUGUCUGGAUCAGAGUCUCUUAAAUUAGGGUGACCAUAUUCUGAAUACCCAAAAGGAGGACAGUAUUACGUGGGAGGGUCAUGGAGUCACAUGUAGUAAGUUUUUAGUGUUUUUUGGGUUGGGUCGAGUGUUUUUUACGUGCCUCUAACUCAGAAAAACUUCCAUUCAAAACCCGGAUAUUUAAGUAUUUUAUAGACUCCCCUGGACAAGGCCGGACUUCUCCAGGUAAAAGAGGAUGUUUGAUCACCCUACUUAAAUUUCCCUAAAUGAGGUGGUUUUAUUGAACUCAAACCUUAUGUUGAGGUGAUAAGUGCUCCGUCAGUGAGGUUAUACAUUUCGCUAAACUUAUUGAAUGAUUGGAUUAAAAAUCACAGAGUGGGAUCUGCGAUGGAGAGGCUGCUGGUGCUCACCAAACGCCAAAAAAUAAAUCAAGUUAUGGUCACUGAGGCUUUCCAUACAAAGGCGUUUUUCGUUCUUUAACUUGAACUUGAGCUCUUGGCUGCAGAUAAAAGUUGGAUCUGAAAUUGUGAGCAGAUGAGACGGCAGUGAGUCUGAGUGAGUAACAUCCACAGCUUCAUUAAGACGUGAUCAAACAUGAUGGAUAAUCUUUGAUCCAUCUCUGAUAGUCGGCAGCUCGGCUCGGUUACCUCAGCUCCGCUUCAUCCUCCGGCUGCUGAGACAAGUUCGGAGCUGCAGCACAGAAAGACUUUUCACUCCAACAGCCCGUUCACGAAACCUGAGAGCGCUUUGUAAAUGUUUGGACACUCAUCAGAGGUUUAUUAUUGUAGUGAUGAAAUCAUCUGAGCCCGAGCCAAGAGGUGAGGCAAUUUGGAUCGUCAUCUGAUGAUUAAACUGCCAAAGUCAGAGCAGAUCCAGUAAACACUAUUCUGACUGGAAUAUACACAUUUGAAACGAACAAAACAAAUUAAAGACGAGGAUUUAUGAUCAUGCACGAGAGAGGGAAACAGAUUCUGGUCAGCUGGUUGAAGUCAUCCAUCAUUUCUGUACCAACAAAUCCAGACGAGAAGGUUCCAGAUGGCCUGAAGUCGUCACCGCAGAUACUGAGCAGAGUCUGGGCUGAAAGCAGGGGAAGUUAUCGGGACUGCAGAGAACGCAAAUAUGAAAACGCACAAGUUGGUAUUCUUUAAGUUUAUGAAUAAAUGCAACAAAAGUGCAUUAAAUACAAUCAUUUUUACAAAUGUGCAUGAAAAUAAAACUUUCUCCGAUCAUUUUAGAGUCAAUUAACUUAACCUCAUACUGCGAUAAGAAUCCAGAUUUUAACAGAUGAGAGCGUUAAUGCUAGCGAACAGGUUCAGGUCUGCUUCAAGGUGCUAAAACAGCAGCAGCGAUAAUUCACUCAAAGUUAGCGAUGAAUUUGGAGAUAUGUGAGGAGCUUUGUGCAUUUGUCCAUGCUGUUUGUUACAAGCCCCGAUAAGAGCCAAGAUAUAUCGACUGUUCAUCACAACUAGGAGAGCAGAUGUCCUCCGGAUUAGUGCUGCUGAGUGAACGACGUGAACUGAAUCACUCCGAGACCUGAUUCGUUCCUUUCUCAGUUCAGUUGAGCUCAGCGGCGAGCCUGGCGUGCCGGUCGGGAGUGGAACUGCCACCUUUGACUCUUUGGCGAACGACACACAGCCAGCCAGUGAGCGAGCGGGCGGGUGGGCGGAGUCACGUGAUUUUCUCUGUGAACGAAACGAACGACUUUCAAAUGACUUAAGGUAGGCACAGGAGGGAGGGGCGUAGCGUCAUUCACUAACUGCCGAGCAGCGGUUGGUUGACUGAGGCUAAGAUAAAACAGGUCAUUAUGGCGCCUUUACAUUAAAACACGUGUUUAAACUUUCCUGUAAUAAGAUUUAAUUUCAGACGAUUUAAAGAAAUAUGAUAUUUAAUAUCUUUAAAAGUAUCUGAUUCCCAGCUACAGCUGACAUCUUUAUUUUUUAUCUCUCCACUUUACCGCCAUAUAAAAGAACGAUGACUCGCUCUUGUUUAGCGACGUGCUGCUCACUGCUGUGUUGUUUCUGCUGAUGGCGACACACGGAGAGGUGAGUUUUUCGGGGGUGGGGAGUGAUUCUUCCUUCAGGACUUAUCGAAUGAACAACGUGUCACCAAAUGAACGACGCUGUGACUUCAGCAGCAGGUUUAGUGAAUGAACUCGCAGCUGUGUCACUCACUCAUGUACGGCACUGACAAGUUGGGGCUCCGAAACACUGAUUAGUGAACAAAUCUUUUGAACGAAUCAUUUUAAUAACGGGUUCUAAAGAUUCAGUACAGUCAAAAGAACUGAUCUUCCCAUCACUAUUCCAGAUUGUCUCUCAGUUUGUAUUAAUCUACUCUGAACCCCCCCGAUGAAAAACUGUAACUGACCCCGACACCAGAGUCCUGGUUGAAAUAGUGCUGAAUCAGCCAUUUUUUAACUUCUGACACCACACCUGUCCUGUGCGUCUUCUCAGAAAGUGGCGAAGACCGGGGCUGUGGAUCGCCUGACCGAUGCGUCCAAGUACACUGGAUCACACAAGGAGCGCUUCGACGAGACCGGCAAGGGCAGAGGUCGCGAGGGGCGUGAGGAUCUGGUGGAUCACUCAGGCUAUGUGGGAGCGUACAAGGACGCCGGGACGUAUGACACCAAGGUCAAGACGGAGAAACAAUGA